AUGUGCCCCGGACUCUCUGCUGACCUUCAGCAGAUGGACGACUCCCGCAAAACCGCCAUCAUCAACAAGGAGCUGACACGACUUAACAUCGACGUUGCCUGUCUCCAGGAGACUCGGCUGGCCGAUAGCGGUUCUCUUAGAGAAUCAGACUACACCUUCUUUUGGCAAGGCUUGUCCCAGGACGAGCCGAGGCAGCAUGGUGUAGGUUUUGCUGUGAGGAACUCGCUGCUCCCCACUACAGAAACGCCGACUGGAGGCAGUGAAAGAUUCCUCGCCCUCCGCAUGAAGACAUCGACUGGUUCUGUCAACUUCCUGUCUGUUUACGCCCCGACCCUCACGUCCAGCCCAGAGGCCAAAGAUCAGUUUUACGAGGCCUUGGAGGAGACAGUGUCCCAAAUUCCCCACUCCAAAAGCCUAUACCUGCUAGGCGACUUCAACGCACGCAUUGGAUCUGACUGGCAAGCAUGGCCCACCUGUCUCAGCCACUUCGGUGUUGGCAAGUUGAAUGAGAACGGAGAGCGGACCUCAGCAGCGUCCUUCACACGCGAAGCUACCACAGCGCAGACUGACUCGGAUCACUCCCUCGUUGGCAGCAAGAUCAGGCUGAAGCCGCGUAAGAUCCAUCAUGCCAAGUCUAAGGGUCGCCCUCGCAUCAACACCUGCACUACUGCCGAACCAGCCAAGGCUCAGAGCUUUGCUACCCUUCAGAAGAAGUUUGCUGACCAGCCUACAACCGAAGACACAGACACCAAAUGGUCUCACCUCCGCGACGCUAUUUACGACUCGGCCAUGUCCGCUUUCAGGAAAAAAGAGCGCAAGAAUGCUGACUGGUUCGAGGCGCAUUGGGAUGAAAUGCAGCCAGUCACAGAAGCCAAAAGGAUAGCCCUGCUGGCAUUCAAGCAGAACUCUUGCCAUAGCACACGCAACGCCCUCAGAGUAGCUAAGAGCAAAGCCCAGCAGACCACCUGCUGCUGUGCUAACAUGUACUGGCAGAACCUGUGCACCAAGAUCCAGACAGCCACCAACUGUGGCUACGCCAAAGGGAUGUGCGAGGGGAUCAAGACGGCCACCAGCCCUACAAGUGUCAAAACAGCACCGCUCAAAGCGAAGUCUGGCAAAGUCAUCACCAACCAGAGCAAGCAACUGCAGCGUUGGGUCGAGCACUAUCUCAAGCUCUACUCGACCCAGAACAUCGUGACAGACGCUGCCCUUGAUGCCUUGCCCAGACUUCCAGCCAUGGAGGAGCUAGACGAGAUGCCCACACUAGAGGAGCUCAGCAAAGCCAUUGACAACCUCGCCUGCGGCAAGGCACCAGGGUUGGACAGCAUACCAGCAGAAGUCCUAAAGCACGGCAAACCUUCCAUCCUCCAGCCACUUCAUGAGCUCCUCUGCCAUUGCUGGGAGAAAGGACACAUCCCACAAGACAUGAGAGAUGCUAGUAUAGUCACCCUUUACAAAAACAAGGGUGACCAAAGUGAUUGUAAUAACUGUCGCGGCAUUUCACUCCUCAGCAUUGUAGGCAAAGUCUUUGCACGUGUCGCACUGGGUCGCCUGCAGACUCUUGCUUCGCGAGUUUAUCCAGAGUCCCAGUGUGGCUUCAGAGCUGGCAGAUCCACAGUAGAUAUGAUCUUCUCCCUCCACCAGCUGCAGGAGAAGUGUCAUGAGCAGCAGCAGCCAUUGUUCCUCGCUUUUGUGGACCUGACAAAAGCCUUUGACCUGGUCAGUCGUAGUGGGCUCUUCCAAAUCCUCCAGAAGAUCGGCUGCCCACCAAAACUCCUCGCCCUCAUCACCGCCUUCCACAAGGACAUGCAGAGCACCGUCUGCUUUGAUGGAGCCACCUUGGAGGCGAUAUCUGUAGCAUUUACUAGACCUACAUGCUUUAAAGACUAA